CAUUAUUAUGAGAAAAUGGCAUAUAUACGUCGAAUGGAGGCUGCCGCUUCAAAUUUAUACAAGGCUAGGAAAAUCGCAGGAUUUUGUCAUUUAUAUACAGGUCAAGAGGCAGUGGGUACUGGAAUUUACGCAGCGAUGCGUAAACAGGAUUCGGUGAUUACGUCUUAUCGUUGUCACGCUUGGGUAUACCUCAUGGGAGAUACCGUGUUGUCUGUAUUGGCUGAACUGGCAGGCCGGGCGCCAGGAAAUGUUCGGGGCAAAGGGGGCUCCAUGCAUAUGUACACACGAAACUUCUACGGUGGCAACGGUAUCGUUGGAGCGCAGGCGCCACUAGGUGCGGGGGCAGCGUUUGCGCACAAAUAUCUCGGUGAUGGUGGAGUCAACUUCGCGUUGUAUGGAGACGGUGCCGCGAACCAGGGCCAGAUCCACGAGGUGUUCAACAUAGCCUUCCUGUGGAAACUGCCCAUUUGUUUCAUGUGCGAGAAUAAUAAAUACGGAAUGGGAACAAGUAUGAAUAGAUCUUCAGCUAGUACAGAAUACUAUAAACGUGGUGACUAUAUUCCUGGAAUCUGGGUCAAUGGUAUGGAUCUCCUCACCUGCAGGGAAGCAGCACGCUUCAUCAUUGACUACUGUACCAGUGGCAAAGGACCGAUUGUAUGCGAGAUGGAGACGUAUCGCUACUUCGGUCACUCGAUGUCUGACCCUGGCACAUCGUACCGCACUCGUGAAGAAGUACAGAAAGUCCGUCAGACCAGAGACCCGAUAAACACUUUCAAGGAAAAGAUCUUAAACGCAAAAUUGGUAACUGCUGAUGAACUUAAGAAGAUAGACACUAAAGCGAAGAAAGACGUAGAUGCAGCUACGAAGGAGGCGCUUGCUGCACCGGUAAUCGGCGUGGAAGAACUCGCAGCCGAUAUAUAUUACCACAAUAUACACCAAGAAAUCCGCGGCCUCAUUCCUAACACACCACUGAAACAUUUAGAAAUAACUCCCCGAAAAAAAUAA